AUGGGUGUGAUACGCAAAAAGACGGCCACCAGGGGAGGAGAAGGUGGCGUCAAAUACGUCUGCGACGUAUGCUCAUCGGAUAUCACAUCUACGGUCCGAAUCCGAUGCGCAGAUCCAGCAUGCAACGAGUUCGACCUAUGUGUGACCUGCUUCGCGCAGGGCCAGUCGCGCAAUGCUCACGACCCAGCAACGCACGCGUUCCACGUGAUCGAGCAGAACUCGUUCCCGAUAUUCGACCAGGAGUGGGGGGCGGAUGAGGAGCUGCUGCUGAUCGAGGGCGCCGAGAUAUACGGGCUGGGGUCGUGGGCCGACAUCGCGGACCACAUAGGAGGUUUCCGCGGCAAGGACGAGGUGCGGGACCACUACCUCCGGACGUACGUGGACUCGCCGUGUUUCCCACUCCCGAAGCGAUGCAGUCCGCAUGACUCGGAGCUGGCCAACGAGAUAUCUCGGGAGGAGUUCCAGAGCCGCAAGAAGCGGCGCAUCGAGGAGAGGAGGGAGGAGGCCAAGAACGCCCCGGCGCUGCAGCCGAAGACCAAGCCGACGGCCAGCGUGCCUAGCUGUCACGAGAUCCAGGGCUACAUGCCGGGCCGCCUGGAGUUUGAGACGGAGCAUGCCAACGACGCCGAGGAGGCGGUGCAACACAUGCAGUUCGACCCAGGCGACGGCAUCAACCCCAAGACGGGCGAGCUCGAGCCCGAGAUGGAGCUCAAGCUGACUGUCAUGGAGGUGUACAACAGCCGGCUGACGCAACGCGCCGACCGGAAGAAGGUCAUAUUCGAACACAACCUCCUCGACUAUAGGGAGAACACGAAGAUCGAGAAGAAGAGGUCCAAGGAGGAGAAGGACCUGCUGCAAAAGGCCAAGCCAUUCGCCCGCGUCAUGAACCGCCGCGACAUGGACGACUUCAACCAGGGGCUCAUCGACGAGCUCAACCUCCGCCAGGCCAUCGCCCAGCUGCAGGAGUGGCGCUCCCUCAAGAUCGGCGACCUCGCCAGCGGGGAGAAGUACGAGGCCGAGAAGCUGCAGCGCAUGCAAAAGGCCAUCCCCAUGGGGUCCAUGGACCGCGACCGCCUAGCCUCGGUGCAGCGCUCGAACAAGCAGCAGCAGCAGGCUGCGGACCCGCCGAGCGGUGCGGCCCUCUUGAUCGCCCCCGAGCUCCCUCUCCGUCCAGCAGGCCAGCAGAUUGUCCAAGACACCAACGGUACCACCAACGGCGUCAACGGACAUGAAGCGGCGGCAGCAGCACGGCCGAGGCAGAUGCCCCAGCCCAUCCCCGGGCUGCAGCCCCUCACCUUCACCGCAGAUAACAACUCGGACAUCCACCUCCUCACGCCCGAGGAGGCGAAGCUUUGUGAGGUGGUGCGGCUCGCACCGAAACCGUACCUCAUGAUCAAGGAGCAGAUCCUGCGGGAGGCACUCAAGUCCAACGGGACCAUGAAGAAGAAGCAGGCCAAGGAGAUUUGCAGGCUAGACUCGCAAAAGGGGGCGAGGAUAUUUGACUUCUUUGUCAGUUCUGGGUGGGUAGGCAAGGCGUGA